CCCACAGGCAUGGAGGUUAUCCUACCCCGCUCCAGGCGUCACUCAAUUACGCCCUCUGCUCCCGCUCGCCUCGUCCGUCGACUGCAUCACGACUCCGCAUCUCAACCACGCACCACGGGUAACACACAUACACACACACACAUCGCAUCGUAUCUUCACAGCCGCCCGGGUGUCGCAUUCAGUGUCACCACACCCGACGAACCGCAGCCGCCAGCCAGCCACCACCGUGGCUGCUGUCCGACACAUCGACAUCGGCGGCCAUGGCGGCGACGGCGCCCUCGUCCUCGGGCCCCUUGACCAGGGUGCUCCUGGUCGGCGCAAACGGUACACUUGGCAGCGUUAUCCUCGAGGGCCUCGUCCAAGCCCGAUGCUUCGACGUCUCCGUGCUGCGACGCUCCACCUCUACCUCGCCUCCCACGGCCGCCGCCGCCGUGCGGACCGUCUCCAUCUCGCCCGACCUGCCGCUCGAUGAGCUCACGGCCGCCUGCCAAGGGCACGACGCCGUCGUCGCCGCCUUCCCCCUCACCGACGUGUCGCAGCACCUGCGCCUCGUCGAGGCCGCCUUCCGCGCCGGCGUCCGCCGCUUCAUCCCCGCCGACUACGGGAGCUGCGACGCGGCGAGCCCCCAGCCCCAGCACCACCUCCAGCUGUACCGCGACAAGACGCUCGUCCGCGACAAGUGCGAGACGCUGGGCGAGCACGCCGCCCGCGACGGCAAGCCCUUUACCUGGACGAGCAUCGUCUGCGGCCACUUCUUCGACUACGGGCUCGAGGACGGCCUGCUGCACUUUGACCUGGACACGCGCACGGCCCAGAUCCUCGACGGCGGCGACAUCAAGGCCUCGGCGUCGACGCUGCGCCGCGUCGCCGAGAGCGUCGUCGCCGUCCUGGAGCGCCCCGACGAGACGCGCAACCGCGCCGUCUACGUCCAGAGCUUCUGCCCGACGCAGCUCGAGGUCCUGGCCGCCCUGGAGCGCGCCACCGGCACGCCCUGGCACACGCAGCACCUCGACUCCAACGCCUACCUCGAGCGCCAGAGCAGGCUGCUCGCCGAGGGCAACCACGCCGCCGUCGUGGAGAUUGUCUUUGUUCUGGGCACCGUCGACGCGGACUGGACGACGCGCGAUGGCUUCGCCAUGGAGCUACUGGGGUUGCGCGACGAGAAACUCGAUGAUGUGGUCGCGGCAGUGGUAGCCAAGCACAAGUCCAAGUGAUGGGAUGAGUCAAGCUUUGCGAUUCCCGUGUAUGGAUUUGAUUUUUAGAAUCCGUGAUGUGGGGAAUGGUUUGAGGUGGAAGCAUGAACAUUCAUGCAAGCCUACGGGGUGGAUCGCCCUGCGUCGUCAUCAUGAUAAGCUUAAACGGAGAGUGCUCACCGCCCAAGCAUGGGCUGAGUAGCUGGGCAUCACUGUUUCCGUCACACAG